AUGAAUGCAGGUGGACCAGCUGAUCAAGUUAUAGAAUUACGUGUAUUAGGUGGUCUUGAACCUCAAGAUGGUCACAAUCAUACUCUUCAAUUACAACAAGAUCUAAAUCAUAUUCAUCGUUUACAGCAAGAUUUGAAUCGUGUUCAAAAUCAUGUUAGAAAUCAAAUUCAAAAUCAUCAGCAAAAUCAAACUCAAAAUCAUCAGCAAAAUCAUGUUCAGAAUCAUCAGCAAAAUCAUGUUCAGAAUCAUCAGCAAUAUCAUCAGCAAAAUCAUGUUCAAAAUUAUCAACAACAAAAUCAUCAUCAGCAACAGAAUCAUAUUGAACAACAAGAAAGUUUUUUUGUGAAGGUUUGUGUUGGUAUUAUUUUAGCUAUUGCGUCAAUAGGUCUGAUAACUAGCUGGUUCUGGAAACUAGCUAGAUCAUUAAAUGCAGAAAAAAUCAAAAGGUCAACAUACUGUAACAACAUUAGCACCGUAUUACAACAUGUAUUACAACAUGUGAGUAAAGAUGCUCUUGAAAAAUUAUCAAAUGGUGAUGCCGGUGAUCUUGCAAAAGACAUGUUAGAGUCUAUAACACAGCUUGAAGAAAUAGAAACGAUGAUGUGUGGAGAUAACUUAUACAACAAUGAUUUUGAUGUGGAACCAUAUUUUACAACUAUUGAUGAUCUAUUCACUAAACUUAAUUUUCAAGUGCAAGAUAAAUCACGGUAUGACAAGCUACCAAUCCUCUUAUACUUUUGCUUUAUUUCCAUUAUUAUAACACCAUUAGCUUAUGACAUGAGACAUCGUGAUAUGGAUCCCGAAAAAUACCUCAUGAUGCAAAAUACAAUCAUCCUAUUAAUCGGUCUAGGAUUUAUUUUAUUCUCUUUUUGA